GCCCGCAGUAUAAUUGCGGCUUUUCGCCUUAAUGCGUCCUCUCUCUCUUCGUCUGCUCGCCGAGUUUAGCAAUAUGAGUAAGCUCCACCGUGAUACACUUUACGAGUGCUGUGGUGCUGUCCUUCAAGGAGCCAAGGACAAGAAAAGAAAGUUUACUGAAACUGUUGAGCUCCAAAUCAGUUUAAAGAAUUAUGAUCCUCAGAAGGACAAGCGUUUCAGUGGAACUGUGAAGCUUAAGAAUAUUCCUCGACCUAAACUCAAGGUCUGUAUCCUUGGUGAUGCUUCACAUUGUGAUGAGGCGAAGGCAAAUGACAUCCCCUGUAUGGAUGCGGAAGCUUUGAAAAAGUUAAACAAGAACAAGAAACUUGUUAAGAAGCUGGGUGAGUCUUUCAAUUUGAAAAGCUACAUGGUGGAAGUGUGCCUUAAAAAAGUUGCUGGUCACUGUGUUGUACCGACGAUUCAGGCCCCACCAAAAACAAAUUCUUCUGAAGUAAAAAAGCGACCCGUGCAGUCAGCAGAUAGCGAGGAUGCGGAGGUGGCCGACCGAACUGAGAAACGACCGAGGAGAACUAGAGCUCUCCAAACGUUAAGGAAAAGAAAGGGAGACAAAUAA